AUGCCUGCAACACACACAACUCUUCCCUGCCCGGAGAUUUACGGCCCGGGCACCUUUGUCGACAAGAGCUUUCUUGCUGUUCCUGAUGAUGCACGUCGAGUCUUCGAAAUUCUUGCUAAUGCGACGCCAAACUUUACGAAGAAUCGCGACGUGUGGGAGUCGGUCAAAUUUCACGGCCAUGAGGAACCCAUAAUCCCAGGGCCCCUAAAAGCCCCCGUCGUUGCCGCUGCACUUCAUGCUAUGUGUGGCGUUGUAGCGAAUGAACUGAUUGCCGAACGUGACGGCCAAGAGCUGGCAGAUCAGAGUGUCAUCAUCAAUACCGAUCAAGCUGCAAUCUGGCUGGGAUCUGUAUUCACCAUUCGACUGAAUGGAUACGAUGUCAGCGAGCUUGUGAAGAUAGGCAAGGGGUCCUCUAUCUUCGAUCGUGAUUUCGAAAAGGGUGUUUUUGAUAGCCCUCUUAGACUGAGAACCACAGCCAUUUAUCCCACUAAAACGCCCGGUGUUUGGUAUCAGCUUCAUGGGUCCCUUGAUGCGGACCCUGUCCUCCGAGCCAUCGGUGUUGAUCCUGCCACCAAAUGCGACUCCCUGGACGAGGCUUAUGACCUUAUUCGCGAGCAAGUGCAAAAGUUUUCCGCAGACGAGCUGGAGAUGAUUAUGUUGAAGAAUGGGUUUUGUGGGAGCAUCUGCUACACUCCAGAAGGAUGGAGCAAGACUUUGAUGGGGAAGCGCCUACAGAACCACCCCAUUGUCAAUUAUUCUCGUCAGUCCCAUGCUGUACCUAUACCUCCGACUCCUUUGCCAGUCUUACCGGGAGACAAGCGCCCGUUGGCAGGUAUCAAGGUUGUGGAACUUGUUCGAAUCAUUGCUGGCCCAGUGAUUGGAACUACGCUGGCUGCAUUUGGGGCGGACGUGAUUCGCGUCAAUUGUAGUAAACUCCCAGACCUAAACGCCCUGCAAUUGGCGCUGAAUGCUGGAGUGCGAACCAUCGAUCUCGACCUCACAAAGGAUGAUGAUCGAGCUCGGCUGGAGGAGCUUGUUCAAGAUGUGGAUAUUUUUAUCCAAGGCUUCCGGCCAGGUUCCUUGGAGAGGAAAGGUUACGGUUUGAACCACCUCCUCGAGACGGCCAACAAACGAGGUAAAGGGAUUGUUUACGUGGAAGAAAACGCGUACGGACCUGACGGUCCUUUCUACGAGAGGCCUGGAUGGCAGCAAAUUGGAGAUGCGGCCUCUGGUGCCUCUUUCGUGACAGGGCGUUCUCUUGGUUACACUGAUGGAACCAGUAUUCUGCCACCUCUUCCCAUUUCAGACAUGACUACGGGACUUGUUGGAGCUCUCGGGGCUUUGAUGGCUCUUCGUGAUCGCACGCGCAACGGAGGUUCCUACCGCGUGCUCAGUUCUCUAGUCGCGGCGGAUGCGAUAUCUCUUCUACCUGAAAUUGGGCUAUAUUCACCAGAGGUGGUUCACCAGAACGAGAAGACCUUCCAGUGGGAGGGUAUGGAACCUUCGCAGUACGUUUCGGAGCUGCUCAUGGUAGUGAUGAAUGGUUGGAAGAGGGUCUAUCCGGAAUAUUUCGCCCCAGACUCGCCGAUCAUGACAACGUUUGAGAAGAGUCAUUGGGGACAUAUGCAAUUGCUCAGUCCAGUUGUUAGGCUGGGGGUUGACUUUGCAACUCCUCGUUGGACUACACCAUCUGUACCUCACUGCUAUUAUGACCGCAGCAUUACUUGGCAUUAA